ACGAACAAUUGACUUGAAAAGGGCCUCGUCUUGUUACUAACCAUUUGUCUAAGCCCCGUGCAUUCUGAAAUCCCAGUGGUCGUGUCUGAGUCAUCAUUUCGUUCUAGUGUCAUGUUCUAGUGGUUGGCGUUGAAUUACAAGUUUAGGACCCGGAAACCAUUUUCCGCAACACAAGUCUGCAUUCCUGACUCGAAUUAAAGUUUUGCCAGGAUGCGGUUCUUAAGCCGCUCAUCGGUCUUACCUCUGGCUGCAGGAAUGACUUUAGGCUUUUGCUUGGCUUACAUCUCCUAUUCGAUCCGCUUAUCCAGAUAUUCGCCCUUCUCCCAGUUUCAACCACGUUUUCCGGGAGACGGAGUUAAUGAUGCCCACGGUCACGGCCACGGUCACCGUGACGCCCAUAAUGAAGAGGACAUGGAAAUCGUUGACGGUCCUGUGCGUGAUUUCGGUGUGCAUGACAAGCACGAAGACUCACAUGCUGGUGAAGACGAGCUGGCACGAGAGCUGCGUGAAAAAGUUCGCGUGUUGUGCUGGGUCAUGACGGGACCUGACAACCACGAGAAAAAGGCGAUUCACGUCAAACGCACUUGGGGCACACGGUGCAAUAUCCUCAUUUUUAUGAGUUCUAAAGAAGAUGAAACGUUACCUGCCGUGGCAUUACCUGUCGGAGAAGGUCGCGAAAAUCUCUGGGGGAAGACCCGCGAAGCCUACCGUUACGUUUGGGAACACUAUAGAGAACAGGCAGAUUGGUUCAUGAAAGCCGACGAUGACACUUACGUUGUGCUAGAGAAUCUUCGCUACAUGCUGUCGAGCUACAAUUCAUCAGAUCCGAUAGCGUUUGGACAUAAAUUCAAACCUUAUGUCAAACAAGGAUAUUUCAGUGGUGGUGCUGGUUAUGUGUUAAGUAAAGAAGCGACCAAAAGAUUUGUUGAAAAAGGACUAAAUGAUUCGAAAAUAUGUAGAGAAGAUCCCGGCGGUGCUGAAGACGUCGAAAUGGGUAAAUGUUUAGCCAAUCUCGAUGUGAAAGCUGGUGAUAGCCGUGAUUCGUAUGGCAGAGGCCGAUUUUUCCCGUUUGUGCCGGAACAUCAUUUAGUUCCAGGACACGUUUCGAAAGAUUUCUGGUUUUGGACUUAUAUUUACUAUCCAGUUAAAGAGGGGCUCGACUGCUGCUCUGAUACAGCAGUGUCAUUCCACUACGUUUCCCCUAACGAAAUGUACGUGUUGGAAUAUUUGAUAUAUCACCUGAAACCCUUUGGAAUCCGAAGUAAUUUACGAGGGACUGCCGCCCCACCACCUGACCACGAUUUAAAAGCUACGCCAUGGCCGGGUCCACCCGACUGAGACGAUUGUGAAGCAUUUAAAUAACAAAUAAAUUUUUAAGUCAGUAUUUGCCAUUUCAAAAAUCAUUGUAGACAACAGAGCCAGGUCAAAAUAAAUUUCUAACAAAUUUUA